CAUCAUCACUACUCCUUCUUCGACCGCAUACCGUACGCUUGUGUUGUUUUGCUGAUAUUGUUUGUUAUUAUAACGAAGUUAAGAAUAUUUUGCGUUGCUUUUUGAAAACAUAUUCAACUAAUUUAUUAGAAUUUGGUUGCUGGUAAUAUUUUUGUGUGUAUAUAUUUUAUCUGCCUUUAUCAAUAUGAUAGUUAUUUGGGAAACUUGACAAUUUAUCAAGGAAUUAUACGUUGCAAAUGCCUCACAAUGAUGGCGACGAUCAGCCCCUGGUACUACUCCGCCGGCUAGCGCCAGAACAGAUUGACCAAUUAAGCAGCCGCAAAAGGCGGCCACGACAUUAUAUGGGAAAUAGUGUAAGUAAUGUAAAUGGCGAAGUUCAUAGUGAUGGAAUGCCUCCAAAUAUCAAUGGCCAUAAUCAUGAAGAAGUUGACUGUAGUGAGAAUAUUGUUAAAGUGAAUGGUCACGACAACAUUAUUGUGAACAAAGCUUUUCAGAUGGCUCAACAUUCAAAGAGCUGCAGCAGUACAAAUACAGUUGUUAGUGGUUUGAGCAAAAAACAAAUUAUCAAUAGUGUUAGCUAUGAUGCUGAAAUUUCUAGUACGGUACAUUCAGUUGUAUGUCCAAUUGAUUCUGUAAAAAGUAAUGUAGAAGCAACAAAAGAAAAUACAAUAUUGGAGGUUGAAAAUACUUCACCUAAAAUAGUACAUAACAAACCAAGAGGAAGACCUCCACGAAACCGUACUUCUGAAACUAUCAAACUCAAUAGUGAUACUGACUUAAAGUAUAAUCAUGUUGAAGAAAGUGAAUCUAAUGUUCAUUUAACAAUUAAUAAACCACAAGACUAUGAAGUUAUUCAGUCUCCGCGUAAAAGGAAGUAUUCAUCUGAAGAUCAUGAAGAUAAUGCACCUUUAAAGUGUGCAAUUAUCCUCCAAGAAGAACCAAAAAAAAAGGAAAAUUAUGGUUUUUUAGCAGGGUAUAGUUCAUUUCUCUAUCCUCGUUUAGAUUCUUUAUACUUACAUACUUAUUGGCCAGUUAAUUGGGCAUAUUCUGCUCAAUCAUUGACUGGUCAUGUAAUGAAAAAGUCUUCUAAACAAGCUCUACGUAAAAUACGACAAAUCAUAUCUAACAGCAAUAAUGAUAAUAACUUUUUAUCAAAAUCUGUCUCUAACGAAAGUGUACCAAUAGCGUCAACAAUGUUAGGGGCAACUGUUAAUUCUAUAACAUCAGUACAUCUUAAAAAAACUGAUAGUAAUCAACAACCAAUUCGUAGAGGACGUCGUAAAGUAUUAGUACCUGACAGUAAUAAAGACUGUGGUAUUAGAAAAAAAAUGGGAAGACCUCCAGGUCGUAAUAAACAUUUAAAUGGUGUACUUAAAGGGAACAGUCCUAGAAAGUCACCCAGACAGCAUGCUUCAACACUUGCAGCAAAAGCUACUAAAGCUAAAAUUAUAACCGUUGAUGAAACAAACAUUAAUGUGUUGUCUGAAGAAUCUCCUCCAUCACCAUUACCUCCCAGACUAGAUGCUUCUGUUGAUUUUCCUCAAAUGUCUCAAAGACAGCGUUGUAGAAAAUCUGAAUCUAUAUUAAAACGUACUAGUGGCUAUAGACACCGUACACCUCCUCCUCCCAAAUUAUGUCCUCAACAAAAUGAUAGAAAUGGAGAAGUUAAACUUCGUACAAAACAUGUAGAUGUUGUAAGGCGUAAAGUUAGAGAUGAACGAAUACGUAAUUUAUUGCAAACUCAACAGCUUGCAUCUAUUAGAGAUAUUGCAGAAAAGAAUCGACAAGAGUUAGCAAAAGAACAAGAAGAAUUAAUUGAAUCUGAUUGUGAAUAUUCAUCAAUCAUAUUACCAUCUAGUGAUCAACAAAAGUGGAAUACAUUUGAUAUUGAUGGAAUGAAUAACAUGUGUGCACAGAUAAUGUAUGAACAAAGUGCAGAUAAAAGAUACUUACUUCAGACUUUGCCUCAAGAUUUAAUAAAGGUUCUACAACGUUCCAUAGUUGUAGCCAAAUCUCGACGAAUGGGAGAUGAUUGCUAUCUAAGUGAAUCAAGUACACCAUUAUCUUUGUUUGAUGCGAGAAGAAGACGCAAUCGAUUCUCUAGAAAGAAGAAACAGAAUAUGACAGGAUGGCCAAAAGAAAAGCGUAGAAAAGCACCAGUUCCUGUUUCUGAAAAUAUUACUGAUACAGAAUUAGAUGAAAAUAUAAAAUCUCCCAAGAAACGAAGAACAUCCGCUAAAGUUCAAAGAAAAAAACUUAAAAGAAUAAAAUUACAACAAGUGACUAAAUCACCUAAGAGACGGCAAUCUAAAAAAGUGAAGUCAGUUGUUUCUCCAAGAAACAAGGGAGGACGCCCACGUAAACAAGCCAUUAAAAUAAAGAAUAGUACUAUUAUUAAGAAUAGUUCAUCACAAUCUACAAAAUUGAAUUCUCCUUUAAGUGAUGAACACAGAAGUACUACUAGAAAACCUAGAAGUACACCUGGACGGCCUAGAGGUACACCAGGGCGACCUAGAGGUACACCUGGACGACCUAGAGGUACACCAGGACGACCUAGAGGUACACCAGGACGACCAAGAGGUAGUGUGGGUCGUCGUAGACGACGGAUAAAAAAAUUACAUGAUGACACUGAUACAGACAGUCCUAGCAAUCCGAGAUGUGUUCUAUCUGAUAAUCAGUGUAUUAAAUUACUUAAACGGAAUAAAAGAACUGAAACUGCAGAAUCACCUCAUCAUCUGACAAGACGACGUAAACAAGUGGCGUCAACCAGUUCUUGGGAUGAAGGGGGAAGUCGAUCUAAACGUUAUAGAGCUGCAAGUACUGCAGAAGAAGCUUUUGUUGGCUCUCAACCAUUUGAACAACAUUGCCCAUCAGAUUCGUGUGUAAUGAAAUCUACCAUUGACAAUGAUUCAUAAUUUAUGUACUUUUUUUUAAUUUUUAUUUAUAUUUUUUUAUAUUUUUUUCGUGUAGCUCAUCAUAUUAAAGACUUUGCUGCAGUUCCUUUUUGUAUAUCAUUCCUUAUAUAUAAUAAUGUACAUAGCUAGUGCCAUUAUGUAA